AUGUACAAGCACACGGUCAAAUCAAAGCUGUCGCAGGUGCGUAGCACACCGCCGUUGCCAGCUGCCACGCCCCAUAAACAGGCCCACGGCCUAGGCGCUGGUAAAAAAUUCUUCUCGCACAUACGUCACAAAAUCGAGGAUAAUUUAACGCCCAAGCUGAGCGGAAAACUCUACUACAAGGGCAGCAAGCACACGCGCUCCAUGAGCGCCCUCAGCCUAGUGGACAGCGGCGGCUGUGUGGGCGGCAAGUACACGUCCAAGACGACGACAGCAGCAGCAGCAGCAGCAGAUUCGCCGACUUGUGCAACAGUCAGUGGCAAUCCGCUGCUGACGUUGAGUAGCAGCGUUUGCAGCUAUGUGGACAGCGAUGAGGAAAGUCACAUGAGCCUGAAUCUGACACAGCAAUCCCUCGAAGAUGAGAUCUUUGCGGAGCUGGAGAAGGUCGCACACGAUGAGAGUAAACUGAACGAGGUGCUGCAGAGCUUCGAUCAAAUAUUGCAGGAGUAUCCACCAGUGGAGGACCUAGAUUUGCAGCUGGAAAAGACAUUGCCGCUGACGCUAACGUUGCCACCGCCGCCAGCUGAGUUCAGUGAUCGCCAGCUGCUAUCGAAAUCACAUAGUACGCUGAGCAUGGCAUCGAGCAGGCGACAGAUCUACCAGACACCCGAAUUGGCCAACUCGAUGCUGUUGCGCCGCAGCGACUCCAGCGCGAAACAACGCUACAAUUCUCUGUGCGACAUCAGACAGUUAAGCGGCAGCCGCAUACCCAUAUCCAAGCACUCUAGUCUGCGUUGCCUGGAAAAGACCAAUGUCAUGAACAAACCGCAGCAAACACAGCCACAACAGCAGCCAAAGCAGCAACGCACCAGAUCCAUGCUGACACUUAGCAGUCGCAACUGCAGCAGAGCCAAUGCGGCAGCCAAAAUGAAGCCGCUGCCGGCGCCACCAGGGUCUGUUGUGCCGCCCAAGCGGACCAACUCAACGCUGGAGCGUCGCCAGUUGGCGACCAAGCCGCCCAGACGUGCCAAUUCGACAUUGAAAGCGGCGGCCAACCGAUCACCGAAUGCGCACAGCGAUGAGCUGUUGGUCAAGUGCCUGGCCAAGGGUCAUGACCUGCUGCGUCAAGUGGAGAGCCUAAAUGCCGGCAAACCACGGCCCAGUCGCGGCGUGAGUAAGGAGCACACGCAGUUGCUGCGACAAAAAAAGAAACAGCAGCUACAAAAGCUGCACUACGCCAACGAGGAGAAAGUGGGCAAACCCAAGCUAGAAUCGUGCAAGAUAAUACCUCCCAAGCUGGGCGAGACCUCCGAUAAAAAUCAAGAGCUGCUGGUCAAAGUGGUGCAACAGCAGCAGCCGCCGCCGCAACAUAAGCCAAUAAAAGCUGUUGAACAUAACUCAAACUCUGACUCGGAUGACUCGGGUCACAUAAGCAACACUGUGUUGUCAUCGGCAUCCAACUCCACCAGCAAUUCAACUGGCAGUCUGUGCGAGUCUGAGGGCGAGGGCGAAGGCGAUGUUGAAACAGAGCCGGCCAAAAGCUGCUGCAAGCCCAACAAAAUUGCUCAGCUAUUGCAAAAGUUUGAGGCCAGGUCGAAAUGCCAAACGGAUUGCAACCAUAUGAUGCCAACGAUGACGACGACUACGACCAAAGUGGCGCAGGUGCGGGCGGUGCGCUGCAUACAAACACAGGUGGAGAUCUACCCCACCUAUAUGAAAGAGGUAACUAUGCAGCUGCACUAGCUAGCGACUCCCCAGCAAAGGCCCUACCAUAACUUAACCAC